AUGGUGGACUAUACAAAUCUCUAUAUCAAAAACCUUGAUCUCCGUAUCAAUAGCCGAGGCCUGUUUGAUUACUUUGCUCCAUAUGGUCGAAUCAUCUCUGCUCGUGUCAUGACCAACAAGGAAAAGAAGGCCUCAAAGGGAUUUGGGUUCGUUAGCUUUGGACGGGCAGAGGAUGCUUAUAGAGCCCUGCAGGAAAUGAAUGGCAAACACAUCAUCAGCAAGCCGAUCAUUGUUGCCUUUCAUGCACCAAAGAAGCCUCGCAGC